AUGUAUCCCAACUUACUUACCAAUUUUUCAGUCUUAAUAUGUCUAUCAUAUGUUUAUUCGCAAAUACUUUACGAGUGUAAUUUUGAUAAUGCUACAUUAGACGAACAUUGUUUCACUACACCGGUCUUACUUCUCUCAAACUUCGCCGUGCUCGAUGAUCAACCACUAAAGAGUCCAUCUUCUGAUGUAACAUCAAUUUCACAACCAACAAAUAAUGGAGAAAUGUGUAAAUUACCCUAUAAAAUAGGUAAUUACACUUGGGAUAUGUACUUUUGUUACAAUGAUUAUUGUCCAACAGAAACUAGUGCACGCAGUAAAUGUGCAUCAGGACAAUAUGUUGGAUUCCAGUUGUUGAAUAAUAAAACAGAAACUUUCCAAUUGAAGACUGAACCGAAUGGUAUUAAUGGUAUAAAUGAACAAUACCUUAUUUAUUAUUAUUAUAUGUCAAGUUUUGGUCAAAAAAGCAUUACUGUACGUAAAGAAGAAGUGGGUGGCACAAAUGAGAUAAUUGAUUUUGUUACAAGUAGUCCAUUUAAUGGAUGGAUUAAACGUGAAAUCUCAUUCAAUGCGACGAUGCCUGGUUAUAAACUCUAUUUUGAUAUACAGAAAACAUCAUGGGAAUUCGCUUUAAUUGAUAUUGGAUUGGAUCAAAUAACAAUUCGACAAGGCAAACAUGGUGAUCAACAUAUAACUACCGAUACUCUAACAACAAUAACAAGUCCAAUUCAUGACAUUGUCAGUAGUUCAUCAGUACAAAUGAUACAUACAUCAAUGUUGACUGUACCUGAUAUUUCCACAACUAAAAAUCUCGAAACUUCAGAAGUAGAAACUCUUAUUUUCACAACAUUUAGUCCAAAUCAAGUUCUGUACAAAUGUAAUUUUGAUAAUGCUUCUUUAAUUGACAAUUGUUUUACGCCGGGAACAAUUGUUCUCAUAAAUGUAGGAAACUUGACUGUCACACCACCAAAUAGACCUUUAUCAGAUGUAAACUCGAUUUUGGAGCCGACAGAUAAUGGAGAAAUAUGUAAAUUGCCUUAUCAAAUCGAUCCAUACAAUUGGGAUAUGUACUUUUGCAACAAUGGUUAUUGUCCAACAAAAAGUUAUUCCAAUAGUACAUGUAAAUCAGGCAAAUUUGGUUUUGUGCAAUUACUAACUAAUGAUAAAAAAUCUUUUAAACUUAAAACAGAUUCUGGUAGCAUCAAUGGAGUUGGUCAACAAUGUCUUAUUUAUUACUAUUACAUGGAUAUUGUAAGCGAGAAGAUUAUCACUAUAAAUAAAGAGGAAACAAAUGGUAUAAUGGAAACUAUUGAUUCUGUUACAAGAAGUCCGUACAAUGGAUGGAUAAAACGUAAAAUAUCUUUCAAUGUUGAAGCAACUGGUUAUAAUAUAUAUUUUGAAGUACAAAGAACAUCUGGAGUUCAAGAAUCUAAUAUUGGAUUUGAUGAAAUCUCAAUUCAUCAAGGCAGUUGUGAUGAUACACCGGUUACUAGCGAUUUAAUAACGAUAAAAACAUCAGAUAUUUCAAGCAGUAUUUUUAUAACUACAAAACAAACAACAACAUCUACUACAGCACUAACAGACAGUACUACAACUAUAUUACCGAUAACUGAUGGUUCAAUCAAUACUACAACAUUGACAAGCACGAAUAUUGAUUCAUCAACGAUACACACGACUACAAAUGAUGAUAACAUAACUGCUCCUAAUAAUAAAACUUUAAUUAUCAUAUUGGCUACUGUCAUUCCUGUUGUUUUAAUUGUAUUGAUUAUUUUGAUCUUAUGGUUAAAGUACUCAACUUCAAAAAAAAAAGCUCAUUCUUCAAAGAAACGAAGAAAACAUUUAUCAAAAACUGUUUUCGAAAUGAAUCGUGUUGUACCUGUUUAA